AUGGCAGAUGAAGAUGUGUGUGUGUUCAAGUGCUCAGUGUCCCGCGAGACGGAGUGCAGCCGCGUGGGCCGCCAGUCCUUCAUCGUCACCCUGGGCUGCAACAGCGUCCUCAUCCAGUUUGCCACGCCCAGCGACUUCUGCUCCUUCUAUAACAUUCUGAAGACGUGCCGCGGGCACACGCUGGAGCGCUCAGUGUUCAGCGAGCGGACUGAAGAGUCCUCGGCUGUCCAGUACUUCCAGUUCUAUGGCUACCUGUCCCAGCAGCAGAACAUGAUGCAGGACUACGUGCGGACCGGCACCUACCAGCGCGCCAUCUUGCAGAACCACACGGAUUUCAAAGACAAGAUUGUUCUAGAUGUUGGCUGUGGCUCUGGGAUUCUCUCCUUUUUCGCUGCCCAAGCUGGAGCCAGGAAAAUCUAUGCAGUGGAGGCCAGUACCAUGGCCCAGCAUGCUGAGGUGCUGGUGAAGAGUAACAACCUGACAGACCGCAUCGUGGUCAUUCCCGGCAAGGUGGAGGAGGUGUCACUGCCCGAGCAGGUGGACGUGAUCAUCUCGGAGCCCAUGGGCUACAUGCUCUUCAAUGAGCGCAUGCUCGAGAGCUACCUCCAUGCCAAGAAGUACCUGAAGCCCAGUGGAAACAUGUUCCCCACCAUCGGCGACGUCCACCUGGCACCCUUCACUGAUGAACAGCUCUACAUGGAGCAGUUCACCAAGGCCAACUUCUGGUACCAGCCAUCUUUCCACGGAGUCGAUCUGUCGGCCCUUCGAGGUGCUGCUGUGGACGAGUAUUUCCGGCAGCCUGUGGUGGAUACGUUUGACAUCCGGAUCCUGAUGGCCAAAUCUGUCAAGUAUACAGUGAACUUCUUAGAAGCCAAAGAAGGAGAUUUGCACAGGAUAGAAAUCCCAUUCAAGUUCCACAUGCUGCACUCAGGGCUGGUGCACGGCCUGGCCUUCUGGUUUGACGUUGCUUUCAUCGGCUCCAUAAUGACCGUGUGGCUGUCCACGGCCCCCACGGAGCCCCUGACCCACUGGUACCAGGUCCGGUGUCUCUUCCAGUCACCGCUGUUCGCCAAGGCCGGGGACACGCUCUCAGGGACAUGUCUGCUUAUUGCCAACAAAAGACAGAGCUACGACAUCAGUAUUGUGGCCCAGGUGGACCAGACGGGCUCCAAGUCCAGUAACCUGCUGGAUCUGAAGAACCCCUUCUUCAGGUACACGGGCACCACGCCGUCGCCCCCGCCCGGCUCUCACUACACGUCCCCCUCGGAGAGCAUGUGGAACACAGGCAGCACCUACAACCUCAGCAGUGGGAUGGCCGUGGCCGGCAUGCCGGCCGCCUACGACCUGAGCAGUGUUAUCGCCGGCGGCUCCGGCGUGGGCCACAACAACCUGAUUCCUUUAGCCAACACGGGGAUCGUGAAUCACACGCACUCCCGGAUGGGCUCCAUAAUGAGCACGGGCAUCGUCCAAGGUCGGGCUGGCGGGGCCGGCGGCGGCGGCGGCGGCGCCAGCGCCCACUACGCCAUCAACAGCCAGUUCACCAUGGGCGGCCCGGCCAUCUCCAUGGCGUCGCCCAUGUCCAUCCCGACCAACACCAUGCACUACGGGAGCUAGGCGCGCCGGCGCUGGCCGCACCAGGAAACCAAAUGACGCCCGGGCGACGCCGGCCACGCCCUCCGUGCCAUGGGGACUCGGACUCUUUUUCUACACACCGUCGCCGCCCUCCCCCGCCCCGAGCGCGCGUGGCUGCCACGUUUUACACCAGAUCACGGCGGGGGGAGGGGACCCCCCUCCUGCCCGCCCUCCGGCCUGACCUGGCUCUGCCCUGAUGUACCCGGGGCACCAGGCCAGCCCCUCCUCCCCCCAGCUCCGCUCUGCCUGGGGAGGGGGGGCCCGGAGGAGGGGAUCGGCUGCCCACCCCACCCUCUCCCUUCUUCCGGCCCGGCUCCACUCCCGUCCCCCCCUGUCCCCCAUCUCCCGUGGGAAGGCGGCCUCAGCCCAGCGGGCCCUCUCCUCCAACUACCAGGCCACCGUGGUCACCAUGGGUGUGACAUGCUGCUUUUUUUAGUUUUAUUUUUUUACGAAAAGAACCAGUGUCAAUCCACAGACCCUCGGAGAGCCCGGCCGGCCCGGCGCAGUCAGCAGCCCCUGUCCCCGGCUCCGUGGGGAGGGGUGGCCCAGUGCAGACGGGACCCCUCCCCACCAAAGGGUUCACCUCACAGUUGAAUGUACAACCCAGCCCCUGCUAUCUGAAGACCCUCCGUCCCCGCCCGCCCCUGCCUCCUCUGCCGACCCCUCCACCGACAGCGGGAACGUCGGCCCGGAGGGGAGGUUGCCGCCGGCCCCGGGCUGAUGGGACCUCAAGGAUGUGUCAUGGAAGGCGUGUCCCCCACCCCCCAUAGGCCUCUCUGUUCCCUCCACAAUCACACGCUCCAGUCCCUACCACCAUUAUGGCAUUUAGGUCCCCCCCUUUCCGGGAAGAGACCUUUGCAGGGACCUCCCCCCCACCUACCCCGCCCCCCCACAAAAGAAAGAAAAGCAAAAUAAACGAGGAAACAUGUUUCAGCA